CCCCUCCUCGGACUGAGCUUAAUACCGGAGUCCCGCUCCCCAAAGCGCCUCCGCUCAGAGCGCGAAAACCUGCACCAUGGCCAUGACUCUGGGUUACUGGGAUGUCCGAGGGCUGGCUCACGCCAUCCGCCUGCUCCUGGAGUACACAGACUCCACCUACGAGGAGAAGAAGUACACGUUGUUGGGGGACGCUCCCGACUAUGACAGAAGCCAGUGGCUGAGUGAAAAAUUCAAGCUGGGCCUGGACUUCCCCAAUCUGCCCUACUUGAUUGACGGGGCUCACAGGGUCACCCAGAGCAACGCCAUCCUUCGCUACCUUGCGCGCAAGCACAACCUCUGUGGGGAGACGGAAGAGGAGAAGAUCCGCGUGGACAUGUUGGAGAACGAGGUGAUGGACCUCCGCAUGUACCACAUCAGGACCUGCUACAGCCCUGACUAUGAGAAACAGAAGCCCGAGUUCCUGAAGGUGCUCCCUGAAAAGCUGAAGCUCUUCUCACAGUUCCUGGGGAAGAAGUCUUGGUUUGCAGGGGACAAGCUCACCUACGUGGACUUCCUGGCCUACGACCUGCUGGGCGUGCUGCGCAUGUUUGAGCCCACGUGCCUGGAUGCGUUCCCGAACCUGAGAGACUUCCUGGGCCGCUUUGAGGGCCUGAAGAAGAUCGCUGCCUACAUGAAGACCAGCCGCUUCCUCCCCACACCCGUGUACUCCAAGGCUGCCCAGUGGGGUAACAAGUAGUGCCUGUAAGUGCAGGACGUGGGAGCGAGGGGCCCCGGGGCCCGGAGCGCAGCUGGGCGUCCUGCAUUCUUUCUGCUCUUCCCCCCCCCCCAGACUGUGCCCCCCCCCACACACACACAUGCUCAUUGACCCUUGUCUGCUCCCAACCGUGUGGUCCCACCCUGCCUGCCUGAGCCCCAGCAAAGCCUGGUCACACCUGCUUGUCUUGUCAUCCCCUCCUGGCCACUGGACUCAGGACUGACUGUGCCGAUGUCUGGGGGUGUCCACUUCCCCUCUGUUGUCCGCAGUGGCUGGGUUGUGGGGAUGGACGUGUGGGGUGAUGGCGGGUGGGGUUGUAAGGUGUCUGGCUCUUUUCUGUCUUCAUGGUCCAUGUGCCUGAGCCUGGGGUCGCUAAGAGGGGGGCCCUGGGCCCGGGGCCUCCUCCAUCUCUGCAUUUGUGGAAUGCCCCCUGUAGGCCCGCAGGUCUCUGUGUCACGGUUUGGGGCCCUUGGGUGAGGAAGGGGGUUGAGCCGUCCGCUGCUGGUUGGGGUCCGGGUGGCCUGCCUUCUGUCCCCCUUGCCCUGUACCCCUCCUCUGUGCUCCUGCAACACGUCUCAAUAAAACGCACCCGCUGCAUUGUA